AUGGAAACCGUUACUGGAGAUGGUAAUUUGAAAGCAUCGUGUUUUCAAACUUUCUAUGAGACAAAUAUUGGACUAUGGAAGAAACAAUUGAAUAGCACGACGAGGGAAAGUUACAGAAUCAUUGAUAACUUACCAAAAAUAGUGACUACUAUUGAUGAAAUAAAUUCAAACCAAAAUCGAAAUCAAAAUCAAAGUCGAAGUCAAAAUCGAAAUCGAAAUCGAGAUCGAGAUCAGUAUGAUGGAAAUUACGUCAAGUAUGUUAAUACACUGAUCAAUAACCAGUUAAUCACAGUAUUUAUUCACUCAAACUCUUUUUCGUUUAUUGAAGAGACGAAAUCUCAAAUAUUGAGAGCUUACGAUGUCAUAAUUUCCAAAACAAUUGUCAUUGAUGAAAUCAAGUUUAUGAAAAUUGAUGAGACUUUUAUUGCUGAGAUGAAUAAGCUUUGCCAGAGAUAUCAAGUUGAAGUGAUCAUUAAUAAUACGCCGCAAUCAUUCGAUACUAAGCCCGUGGAAACCGCGUAUUCCUAUUCCUAUUCCUAUUCCAUUCACAUGGUAGGUGGUCAGGAUAACGUUACCCAAUUUGAAACAUCAUUAAAAGCAAUGAUUGACCUGUUGUUAAAUAACUAUUUCCUUGAUGCUUUCACUAUCCCAUUAAGCAGAAUACCUUUACUAGGCGGGGUAGGGUUAAAGAAUUUCCAACAAAUUGCUAGACAAACAAACACAAACAUUUAUAUACCCGAUUUAUUGCCCAAUUUGUACAAUUCAAAGAUUUUUGCAAAUAAUCAAGAUAUGAGAUUGUUGUUCACUGCAAAGAAUGUCACUGAGCUAUUACUUUGUAAGUGCAUUUUGAGUAAACUAAUAGCUUCACAAACACAACUAAUAACCAAGUCCGUUUCCAUGUCUAAAUAUAAGCUAGAUUCAAUCAUCUUGAACCAUCAAUCCGAGUUGAUAAAUUUAAUGUUGAAACACUCUGUGUUCAUCCAGUUUCCUAGUUUAGGCGAAGCCAAUGAAAAUGCCGAUACGAUCAUCAUCCAAGGCCAGAAUUUAGAAGCAAUUGAUGAUUGCAUAAAUGGGAUUAACAUAAUCGCAUCUCAAUAUUAUACAAUUUCGGGAAGCAAGACUCAAAACAUCAAAGAUUUGUAUCAUACUUGCCAGUACAGGAAAAGUUGUCAGUUGAUAAUUGACGGGAAACAUCAAAGAUUUGAAAUUAUGGGUCAUUGCAAUGAGAUAAAAGCGUUGCUUACAUCCUCAAUGAUGAACACAGCAGGCGCACCAUUGAAUCUCUCUAUAGAAUUGAAUAACGAUCAAAAAGAAUUUAUUAGUGGGAAGAAAAAUGGAAAGUUGAUCAAGAUUCUCAAUCAGUUGAAUAAUCUCCCAAUUAUCAAAUUCACUAAUCAUGAUGAAUAUAGUUUCCAUAUUGAGAUAUCUGCUCAAAAUAGUCUUGUUCUCAAAAAUACAGUUGAGUUAAUUGAGUUGGAGUUACCAGCGGAAUUGAAGUUCAAUAUCCCCGAAGUAUUCCACAAAUCCGUUAUUGGUAAUGGUGGAUCGAUAAUACAACAAAUCAUGAAGAAAUAUAACGUCUUUAUCAAGUUCUCAUCCAAUUUCGAUUCAUCAACAAAUUUGUAUUGCUUAAGAAGAGAACCAAAUGUGUUGAUAAAAUGUCCUCGCAAAAAUAUGCAAAACAUCCCCUUGGUGAAAAAUGAAAUUGAUCAGUUGGUGCUCAAAUACAGCAUGAAUGAUAUCUUACAACAACAGCAUACAACGGUUUACUAUAACAUCAAGUUUCAAAUUUUGAAAAACCAUUACCUGUUACUCGUAAAUAACAACAAGCUCCAUUUGAUCAACAAGUUAGAGCACGAUUACAACUCGUUUAUAAAUUUCCCUUCAACAAUUGAAGAUUUCAAAGCCAACUCUGUAGAGUUCAAUAUCAAAGGAUCAGAAUCCAAGAUCAAAUCUUGUGCAAAACAACUACUGUCUUUACUCCCACAAUGCUAUGAGUUUAAAUUUACUGCAAACCAAUCCAAAUUCAAAGAAUACUUCAAAACGAGGGACUUUGAAGAUCAAGUAGUAAUUCCAUUUAGAUUGUUAUUGAGCUAUGAUUUGAUCGUUAAUGAAACUCCAAUAAACUCAAACCCAAAUUCCACAUACCACCAGAUAAUCAUGACGUAUUACGACUCGAGUAAGCUUCCACAAGCCAUUGAGUCAAUGACAUAUUGGCUAAGGGAACGUGGAUUUCUCAUUACGGAAAAAAGCGAAAUGCAAUUCAACCCAAUUCUAGAAUCAACAGUAUCAUCGCCUAUUAAAGUGAAUAAAUUCACCUCGACUCCACUUUCCAUGCCCUUGCAGUCAAUAACAAACAUAAACUUUACGUUUUCAUCGCCAGUAAAGAAAACACAUUUGCCGGCUAUAUCUCCAGGUAAGCAGAUUGCGGCAAUGUCUCCAGGAAAACAAAUCCAAAUCCCAGCCAUGUCUCCAAGCAAACAAUACAUGGUUUCUCCUUCACGACAACAAUUGAUGAUGCAAUCGCCAGUACGACCAUUCAAUUCUACAUCUUCCUUUUCGUCGCCUGUAAAAUCUGGUCACUAUCAGUCACCAGUAAUGUUAUCGCCAGUCAAAUUUAAGUUGGAUGCUAUAAAUUUGAACGAGGCAGGUAGUUAUCGAGAUAGUGGGGCAGCACUCAGUGGCUCGUUACAACACCAUCUAGCAGAGCGAGAUAGUGGAGCAGCACUCAGUGGCUCGUUACAACACUAUCUAGCUUGCAUUUUCACUAGUGGUGGUGAUGACAGGUGA